AUGGCCAAUGGAACCAAAAUACAGGAAUUCAUUUUGGUGGGAUUUAGAGUUGGCCAACAGGAACAAUUGCUGCUCCUCGUCUUUUUCGCCCUUCUCUAUGUAUUUACUCUGGCUGAGAAUCUCACCAUCAUCGUACUGGUGUUUCUGGACACCCACUUGGCUCAGCUUCCCAUGUACAUCCUGCUGAGCAACUUCUCUUGGCUGGAGAUCUGUUAUGUGAGCUCAACAGUGCCUCGGAUGUUGGAUGACCUGGCAACCCCUCAUGGAAUUAUCUCCUUCUAUUCCUGUUUCCUUCAGUUCUACAUCUUCUUUUCACUCGGAAAUACCGAAUGCUUCUUCCUCUCAGCCAUGGCCUUGGAUCGAUAUUUGGCCAUCUGCCACCCUCUGCGUUACUCACAAAUCAUGUCCAAAGAUUUCUGCUAUGCCCUCGUGGCCGCUUGUUGGGUCGUGGGCUUCCUGUGGUACAUUUUCCCAGUGAUUUUGAUCUCGAAGUUGUCCUUCUGUGGCCCCAACAUCAUUGACCACUUUCUGUGUGAUCCUGGGCCAAUUUUGUCCUUGGCCUGCCCUCCACUAGGAAUUGCUCCCUAUAUCUGCCAGGUUUUUAUGAACGCUUUGUUUUUAGGCAAUGUCUUAUUCAUUCUGCUGUUCUAUGGCAAUGUGAUUGUCACCCUGGUGAAAACCUCAAACCAAGGCAGUCGCAGGAAGGCCUUCUCUACUAUAUCCUUCCACCUAGUGGUGGUGACACUUUUCUAUGGCUCUGUGGCAGCAAUGUACAUAAUUCCAGAUGGAGAAAAUCAGUCAGAGGUCACAAAGGCUAUAACACUUUUCUACACUUCCAUUACACCUUUUUUGAACCCCAUGAUUUACUGCCUGAGGAAUGAUCAGGUGAAGGAAGCACUGGUCAAGUUGUGGAGGAGAAAGAUAUUGCUGAGAAGAAAAGUGACACUGUAA